AUGGUCAUCGACAAGAAACGGAAACGCGCGGAUGGGCCCGGCAAGCGCGUUAAACCAACCGGCGCCAAUUCCAAACGGCAGAAAUCGAAUGCCGGGAAACGAGUGACGAGCAUCGAUUCGCUGGCAUGGAAGACCGUCGAUGUGCCCGAGAUGUUUGACGAUGCCGAGGGAUUUUAUGGCUUAGAGGAGGUCGAGGGCGUUGAUAUUGUGCGUGACGGCGAGACUGUGAAAUUUGUCGCUGCUGUGCCCGAGUCGGAAGAGGAAGAGUUUGGUGGGUUUGAGGAUGCCCCAGAGGAGAAGGCAGCGCCAGCAAGUGAAGAUGUCCCAAUAGCCCUAGACUCGACAACGUCUUCAAAAAAGCAAACCAAGGCCCAAAAGAAGGCGGCCAAGGCCGAGCAGAAUGGGCCCCAGAAACCGGACGCCAAGGCUGAGAAGAAGGAGAAGAAAGAGAAAAAGACAAAAGCCGAACCUGCGAAAGGAGACCCCGAACUAGAGGCCAAUGUCUUCGCCCAGGCCGCCGACCUUGCCGAUGCCGAGGCUGAAGACAACGACCUCGACAUGUCUGAAUGGGUCCCCCUGGACCUCUCCUCCCAGAUGCUGUCGUCCAUUGCCCGCCUCAAGUUCGACAAGCCAACUCCGAUCCAGGCGCGCGCGAUCCCACACAUCAUGCAGGGACACGAUGUGAUUGGGAAAGCCGCGACCGGUUCGGGGAAAACACUGGCUUUUGGUAUUCCCAUUGUCGAGAGCUGGCUGGCCAAAAGAGCCCAGACGCAGACCGCGGAGAGGACAGGGCCGACAGCCUUGAUCCUUUCGCCCACGCGCGAGCUCGCCCACCAGAUCGCGGACCAUCUCAAGCAGUUGUGUGCUGGGCUCACGACUGGCCCGUAUAUUUGCUCGGUCACGGGUGGGUUGGCGGUGCAGAAGCAGCAGCGUCAGCUCGAAAAGGCGGAUAUUGUGAUUGGAACGCCGGGGCGGAUGUGGGAGCUGAUGAGCUCGAGCAAUUCGGUAUCGGCUGCUCUGCGGGGUAUUGGGUAUCUGGUGGUGGAUGAAGCAGACCGUCUGCUCAAGGAUGGGCAUUUCAAGGAGGCGGAAGAGAUUCUGAAGGCUCUGGACAGGACUGUACCUGGAGAGGCAGAUGAGGAAAAGGAGGAUUCCGACGACGAGGACGAGGAUGAGACACCCCGACACAACCGGCAGACCCUCGUAUUUUCAGCCACGUUCAACAAGAACCUCCAGCAGAAACUAGCCGGGAAAGCCCGCUUCAAUUUGAUGGGGGAUACCGAGUCCCUCGAGUAUCUCCUGAAGAAACUCAAUUUCCGGGAAGAACGCCCCAAGUAUGUCGACACCAACCCGGUGUCCCAAAUGGCCGAGAACCUGAAGGAGGGCCUCAUCCAAUGCGGCGAUCUCGAAAAGGAUUUGUACCUCUACGCCGUCCUCCUCCUGCAGUCAACUCGCCGGGCCCUCGUCUUCACCAACUCCAUCAACACCGUCCGCCGUCUAACCCCCUUCCUCCAAGCCCUCAACCUGCCCGCCUUCGCCCUCCACUCCGACAUGGAACAGAAAGCCCGUCUCCGCUCCAUCGAGCGCUUCAAAGCCGCCACCAACACCCCACCAACAACGACACCAAAAUCAGGCGGCGGCGGACCCUCUUCUACCUCUUCAUCUUCCACCACCUCCUCCAUCCUCAUCGCAACCGACGUCGCCGCCCGCGGCCUCGACAUCCCCAACAUCGACCUCGUCAUCCACUACCACGUCCCGCGCUCCGCAGACGACUACGUCCACCGCUCCGGCCGCACCGCCCGCGCCCAGCACGCCGGCGUCUCCGUCCUCCUCUGCGGUCCCAAAGAAGCCGUCCCCACCCAACGCCUCAUCGCCAAAGUCCACGCCGCAGCCGCCGUCGCGUCCCAGCAGACUUCCAAAUCCAAACUCACCGCUGCCGGCGUCGGCGUUCAAACUAUCGAUAUCGACCGCCGGCUUGUAUCCCACCUGCGCCCGCGUGUCACCCUCGCGCAAAAGAUCACCGAGACUAGUAUCGCCAAGGAGCGUGGCACAAAAGAAGACGACUGGAUGCGCAAUGCGGCGGAGGAGUUAGGCGUUGAAUACGACUCGGACGAGCUGGAGGCCGCCGGGACGUGGAAGGGCCGUGGGAGUGGGCGGAAGGCGCGGGAGAAGGAGGCCAGGGGGGUGACCAAGGCGGAGGUGAAGCAGUGGCGGUGGGAGUUGAAGGAGUUGUUGUCGAAGAGGGUGAAUACGGGGGUCAGUGAGAGGUAUUUGGGGGGGGUGGAUGUGGAGGGGCUGUUGAGGGGGGCGAGGGGGGAGUUUUUGGGGCAGGUUGAGGGGUUGGGUCUUUAG